CCAGAGUUACCGUGGGCAUCUUUCACUUUUGGCUUGAAAGAUGUUCUAUUUUGAAGUUUAUUUUAUCACUCAGCUCUUCUUUAAUCUUAAUCAACACCUUAUUCCCCACCUGUCUGUUGUGUUCCUCGAUCUUUAUGAUGCUGUUCGUUCAUUAACGCCCUGUAACAAACCCCUGAGGCAUUCACAGAACAGCUAGCGCUCCGUCUGUACCCAAAGAAGGACGGAACGCAAUUAACUGCACUGAGAGAGAAACGUGCUGAGUGCAGGCUCACAUUGCCUUUCAAAACUGAGCAAUUAUGUGGCGCUUUAUGUUGAUCUGUCAGGUAAAAUUCUCCCAUGUACAUUAAAAGUUGCAGUUGCAACAUAAAGACUUCUCUUUGUGAACGACUAUCACACCUCAUGACCGUUUUGGCAGAUUUAUGCAAUUAUUAAUCACUACAACAAUGUCAGUUUUCUCUCUGACUUUUUACUGUUCGGUGACAAGAUGAGAUGCCAAGCUUUUAUCUCAAUGAUCUUCAUACCACUCAUUCUUUUGGUUCUCCACCAAAACCUCGCCUCUCUUUAUGAUCCGUCAGAGCUCCCACCUGUGAUCGCUGAUCAAAAGCCCAACCGUCUCUGUGGCGUGCAAGCAUGUGUACGGCUUGAGCCUUCAUGGGAAUUAUCCUGUGAUUAAUCACUGGUUGUUGGCUGGGGUGGGGAGGUUUGCAGGGUGUCUGCAUUCACGUGGGUGUUUGUGUGUGUGUGUCCGAUUGUUCACAAGACUGUGUGACGUGAAGCCUUCUCAGCGAGAGGACAGGUGGCCGCGAUGCGUGGCCUCUUACAGGAAUCGCCCCGGUCCUUCUCUUUAGUGGAGGCCAGUGACGGGUCAGUGCAUUGGCUUGGAUGCAAAUGCACAUGCACAAACGCAUGCCAGUGGAGCGUGACGCAAUAACACGAAUUGCUGUCUGCGGCGCGGCAAUAUUCGAGACGGGAGAAAACAGGAAAUUUCGGGCAAGUCUCCUCGGCCGAGUGUCAUAGCACCUCCGCUUUCCACUCGCUUUUUCUCUCUCCUCCUGCUGCACAUGCUUACACAGACAAACACACGCAGUCGCACACACCCAGCCUCACACCGCCAGCCAGUCAGCCAGCCAGCCAGCCUUUCGCUCUUCACUCACACCCUCAAAUCUUACCAAGUUCAGCUCUCCCUGCUCAAAGGCAGACAGGAGCAGCACGGCAGCCUGUUAAACGAGUUGAGGGAAGGAGCAGCAGAGUCACAGAGAGAGACAUAGACGGGAAGGAGAGAAGGAGGGGAAGGGGGGCUGAAUGAGUGAAGGGAGAGCAAGGCAGAGAGAGUCACAGUUGCCCAUAUGCCGAGAGGAGCAUGGGCGGUUGAGCAACCUGGCCCCCACUGAGGCUUCCUGACUCAUGGGAGCGUCAGGAACCGGGUCCCAAGAGAGCCUGGAAAACGCUGCUGGAUCACGCGUGGUGGGAGAAGGAGGGGAGAGGAAAAAACUCUUGGAAGGGGAGGCAAGAGGCAAGACAAGCUGCAACGGUAGGCUGUCCCACUCAGCUGCUGUGCCGUGAUGACGUCGGCGGGCAUGUGACCCAGGGUCUCCAGUGACGCCGCAUGGAGGGCAGGAAAGAGACGAGUUUUAAAGCUGGUGCCUUUUGGGUUGUGUGAGGGCUCUGCUCGCCUCCCCAACAACCACAGAACCACAGACGUGCGGCUCGGGGUUGGUGUCUGAGGGCGACCUGGAGUGUAAAUGGUUAAUCGUCACGGGCCAACACCAGUCACAAGGACGGCGCUAAGCAAGACGUGUCGAGGGUCACAGAAACCGCAGAGGAACAAAAGUGGGGCUUGCUGGAACCAGAGGCAGCCAUGGCAUCUAACAGCCUCUUCAGCACAGUGACACCAUGUCAGCAAAACUUCUUCUGGGAUCCCAGCGCCAGCCGGAGGUUCAGUCCGCCGUCCAGCAGCCUCCAGCCGGUCCCAGGGAAGAUGAACGACGUGAGCUCCCCGGCCGGCCAGCCGGACGCGGCGGCCGCGGUGCCGAGGCUGCGUCCCCCGCAUGAGAACCGCAGCAUGGCCGAGAUCAUCGCCGACCACCCAGCCGAGCUGGUGCGCACCGACAGCCCCAACUUCCUCUGCUCGGUCCUGCCCUCCCACUGGCGGUGCAACAAGACGCUGCCUGUCGCCUUCAAGGUGGUGGCCCUGGGCGACAUACCCGACGGGACGGUCGUCACGGUCAUGGCGGGCAACGAUGAGAACUACUCGGCCGAGCUGCGGAACGCCUCGGGCGUGAUGAAGAACCAAGUGGCGCGCUUCAACGACCUUCGCUUCGUGGGCCGCAGCGGCAGAGGCAAGAGCUUCACACUGACAAUCACGGUAUUCACCAACCCACCGCAAGUGGCCACGUACCACCGAGCCAUAAAGGUCACCGUGGACGGACCGCGUGAGCCCAGGAGGCAUCGUCAGAAACUUGAGGACCCGCCCAAAACCGGCCUGUUCUCAGACCGCCUUAGUGAGCUUGAGAGGAUGAGGGUGAGGGUCACGGUUCCCACGCAAACGCCCCGGCCAGCUCUCAACACCGCAGCCAACACCUUCAACCCGCAGGGUCAGACACAGAUAACAGACCCUCGUCAGUCCCAGUCCUCUCCUCCGUGGUCGUACGAACAGCCGUACCCGUCCUACCUGAGUCCCAUGGCGUCCCCCUCUGUCCACUCCACCACUCCCCUCUCCUCCAGCCGAGGCACGGGCCUGCCUGCCAUCAGUGACGUGCCUAGACGAUUGCCAGGGUCUUCCGACCUGAGUCCGUUCCCCGGCCAGUUCGAGCGCCAGUUCCCGAGCCUCUCCUCCAUCACGGACAGCCGCUUCUCCAGCCCGCGCAUGCACUACCCGGCCACCUUCACCUACACCCCGCCCGUCACCUCGGCCAUGACGCUCGGCAGCGCCCACUACCACACCUACCUCCCCCCGCCGUACCCGGGCUCCACCCAGAGCCAGAGCGGACCCUUCCAGACCAGCAGCACGCCGUACCUGUACUAUGGCGCCUCCUCCAACUCGUACCAGUUCUCCAUGGUGCCCGGCGGCGACCGCUCGCCGUCUCGGAUGGUGCCGCCUUGCACUAGCGCCUCCACGGGCACCUCGCUGGUGAACCCCAACCUGCCCAGCCAGACGGAGGGUGGGGUGGACGGCGACGGGAGCCACAGCAACUCGCCGACCGUGCUGAACCCCGGCGGCCGCAUGGACGAAGCGGUCUGGAGGCCGUACUGAGGAAAGACCAGGGGGACGCGCGGAUGGCAAGUCAAGUGAUGUCGCGGUUUACAAGCACAAAACCCCCUUUUGUUUUUUCAUGUCAUGAAAAGGGGAAUUUCUUUCUCUCUUUUUUUUUUCCUUUUUUUUUUUGUUUUUGGGUCCUCUCCUCGGCUAUCUCCACCUUCUGCUUGGAAAUUAAAGCAGAGAUGAUGAUGAUGGUGGGGGUAGGGGAGGGGUGGGAGUUGGAAAAAUAAAAUAAAAGAACAGACUUGCACCGACUUGUCUUCCUGGAAUGUGUUUGGACCGAGGCACUACAAAGGGAGCCAUUCUCACAGCAAUAAUGAGAAGAAAAGACACAAAAAAACUAUUUUUGAUUCACCAAGCCCAGGCAGACGGGACGUUGUUUCAGUUUUUAGGGCAGCCCCACCAGCUAAGGGAUGCUGCGUCGACAUUUGUAAAAGACUGCCCCUCUGUUUUUUUGUAACGUGUUUGUACUUUAUUAAAGCUUUUUUUUUUUUUUUUUUUUUUUGCAGAGCAUGUUUUUGUACAAUAUCAAGAUGCAACCUAAGCACUGAGUAGCAGAUGAGAAGCGUGUGUUACCCAAAAGCGGCGUGGACAUUCAUUUUGCUCUAAACCAAUUAAUUUAACUUGUACAUUGUGGGUUUAUGAUGUUGAUGUAGAUUGAAGCGUUUUUUUUUUUCUUCUUUUGUUUGUUUGUUUUUUUUCUUUAGUUUUAACUUAUAAAAGCCAUAAAUUAUGUAUUGUAUUUGAAACUUGAGUCGAAGAAGUGUAAUCUGAAUAUUUUUGAUGCAUCUAUAUGACUAAGUUAAUUUUAUCUUUGAUAGGUAAUUUAAGAGUUGUUGUUUUUUUUCUUUGUUGUUGUUGUUGCUGUAGUUGCCCCACCCCCCCAGAAAAAAAAAAAAGAUUUAAUAAUGAUAAUGAUCCCUUGGAAUCCAAAAUCUAAUUUCCGGAGAGUAUUGCAACACUUUUUCUUCUGGUGUGUUAAAAAAAAAAAGAUUCAGUGUAACUGCUCGACACAUUAGGAGGCCAACAUCUUCGGUAGGCGUCGACACACAUUUGGCUCGGAAUUAAACCUUUGGUAUUUAUUGAGCAAUAACUCGCAUCGUGCCUCUCGGCAACGCAGCAUUAAAGCCAGAUUCAGUGGGGAAGAAAAUAAUUAUCCGUUUAUGGAAAUUUUCUUUUUUUAUUUUGUCUCAUCUUGCGUGCACUUACAAACUGCUUUUCCUGACAAUAUGAGAACAAUCGAAGCAAGUCCAAAGAUGGAUGUACCUGGUUGUACAAGUUACAGCGUCAGGUCAGACCUUUUCUUUUUUUUUUUUUUUUUUUAAGGCUCAGUUGUUUUUUGUGAUACAUAAACUCCUCAGGACUGGAAUAAUCCCCCGAAUGAAAUUAUCUAUAUCUGCUUCUCUUUCUCCCUUUCUCUCUCUCUGUUUUUUCUUUUUUUUUUUUUUUUGUUUUGUUUUUCAUAUCCAGCCUGGCCGAAAGCUCAGUCGAGAUUAUAGCUUACACACGCCAACUUUAUUAUAGCUUUCAUAUCAUGUGCAGAAGAUGACUUUGAAAGAGUUUGGGUUAGUGCGUGACACACACGCAGAGAGAGAGAGAGAGAGAAAGAGAAAGAAAACAAGGAAAGUGAAAAAAUAAAAAAGCACGACAUUCCUUCAGACGUUUAUUUAUCUACAGUUUUUUAGAUUUAAUAUCUAACGUCCCAGCCUAAAACAACAUUCUCUUGCAGCACUAUAAGAAGCACGUCUGCAUCGAACCCAAAGAAGUGCUGGGGUUCAGGGAAAAAGUGCAAAAAA